UACAAAGAAAAAAAUUUUCGCCGAAAUAACACUGUCCCGACCGGGGUUUGUGUGGCAUCAGACACAGACUCGGACUGCCGCCUGUGUGCGUGUCGGAGGGAUUGGGAACGCUGCACUAUGACAGAUAGUGCGUUACAUGCGUGUGGACAUAUCUGCAGUCAUUUGUAGCCAGUUUCAUUUGCAGGAUUCGCCGAGAAGUCGUGGGAUUUGCGCGCUGACAGCUGGACCGCCCUGCGCCUUCAUUGGAGGCGAGCAGUCCAAGUAUCCGCUUCCCUUUAAAGAUUUUGUCCAGUUGCCAUUCAAUGUCCAGUAGCACAUGGCUGAGGCUGCCCUGUGGCUGAUCCUGACAAUGCUUUCAACUAACCGCUCUGGAGGUGCGUGGGGAUGAAAUGGAUGGAGCCCAUGGCCAGACCAACGCACCAGCUCCCACCUCCCAGCAUGUCCAGCUGCAGCAAGUCUCCCCCCAGCUCUGGAGAAGUUGCAGGCUCUAACUCUAUGGCAUGGGUGAAGAUGUUCAAGAAACCCGGGGGAGGCUUGAAGAAAUCCUACCAGCCUGGGAGCAUGCUGUCUCUUGCGCUCACCAAAGGCCUGCUGAAUGAGCCCGGACAGAAUAGCUGCUUCCUAAACAGCGCUGUUCAGGUUCUUUGGCAGCUGGACAUUUUCAGGAGAAGUUUGAGGCAGCUCUCAGGUCACUUUUGUCUGGGUGACGCCUGUAUUUUCUGUGCUUUGAAGAGUAUAUUCAGCCAGUUUCAGCAGAGUAGAGAGCGUGUGCUCCCCUCCGACAGCCUGCGUAACGCUCUAGCUGAAACUUUUAAGGAUGAGCAACGCUUUCAGCUUGGUCUGAUGGAUGAUGCUGCUGAGUGCUUUGAGAACAUUCUGGAGCGAAUUCAUUUACACAUAGUUUCAGACACUGCAACUGAUGCUUGUUCAUCCAAAUCCUGCAUCACUCAUCAGAAGUUUGCAAUGAUGCUUUAUGAGCAGUUUGUGUGUCGCUGUUGCGGAGCAUCUUCAGACCCGCACCCAUUCACAGAAUUUGUACAUUAUGUCUCAACCACUGCUUUAUGCCAACAGGUCGAUCGUAUGUUGGGGAAGAACGAGCGGCUCAGGUCAGACAUGUUUGGAGAAUUGCUGCAGGCAGCAAACAACACAGGUGACCUCCGCAGCUGCCCGAGUGACUGUGGUCAGAGUAUCAAGAUCCGUCGUGUGCUCAUGAACUGUCCAGAGAUCGUGACGAUAGGAUUUGUAUGGGAUGCUGAGCAGUCUGAUCUUACAGACGAUGUCAUUCGCUCACUCGGCCCACGUUUGAACCUGUGUGGGCUUUUCAACCGUGUCACUGAUGAAAAUGCCAAACGGAGCGAACUACAUCUGGUGGGGAUGAUCUGUUUUUCGAGUAAACAUUACUCAGCUUUUGCCUAUCACACCAAAUCUUCAAAAUGGAUGUUUUUUGAUGAUGCUACUGUAAAAGAGAUUGGAUCCAAAUGGAAAGAUGUCGCCUCUAAAUGCAUCAGGGGUCAUUUCCAGCCGCUUCUUUUAUUUUACACUAAUCCUGAGGGAAGUCCAGUAUCAAAUGAAGAUGCACCAAGACAAACUACAAUGUGUCCCCGGUACAAAGCCCAAGUAAAUGGUGACGUGACAGUGAAACGUCCCCUUGGUAGUCCUAACAAAUUCCAGGAACCUUUCAUGGAGAAUUUGCCGAGACCAGGUGAAACAUCAAAAAAAGACAGAGGGCACAGGAGACCAGACCCGUCACAACAUAAAGAGAUGGCACAUGCAAGAUCUUCAUCUCCUCCAGAGAAUGGACUGAGACCUCCUGUGGACCAAAAAUUAAAAAGCUCUCAACGCGCUGAGAAGUCAUCAAACCAUUCAGCCAGGGGAUCUCAGGAGCCACAUGGGCAGUCCUUGGGUACACAGGGUGGUGGGCAUAGCCGGAGAAUCAACAUCUCUCCAAGUCACUAUGAUCAGGAUAGCUGCCAGGAGCAAUGGGAAAAAGGUGGAAGCCGCAAUAAAUCUAAGUCCACGUGGAGACCCAUUCGGGAGGUGUUAAAUGUGGACACAGUACUGAACGAACUGGAGCAGCGACGUCAACAGCAACAUGACAGCCCACGGCGCAGUAAACCGUCAUCCCAGGAAAGGGUUAAUGCUGAACCAAGUCGAGACCGUGAGAAGGAAUAUGUACGAACCAGAGAAGAUCGAAAGCAGAAGUGUUUAAUGACAAUUUAUGAGGAUGAGCAGAGGCAUGAGACUGAGAGCCACAGCUCUGUAGAGUCAGAGAGCAGGGCCAACCAACAGAGGGGCAGCAGGCUUAAGGGUGGCCCCAAGACGCUGCUACGUAGUGACACCUGGACCAUACAGAGGACAGAGUCUGGCUACGAGAGCAGUGAUAGACUCAGCAGUGGCUCCACCAAUCCUGAUUCACCUGGGGUUGAUGGCUUUGCUGUUAAAGACCAGAGAUCAACACCAGAGGCACAGUUGCAGAGCCAGCUGCAUCAAAAGGGAGGUGAUGCAAAAUCAAGUAUAAUGUCCUCACCUUCACACAACGGUAAACAUCAACCCAAACCUCAGGGAAAGAACCAUGACCAAGUUUCACAUUCACAUCUAAAGUGCAGUCCAAGUUCAAGACGAAAAUCAAAGUACACUUCUAGCACUUCCAGGAAAGCAGUGUCUUCAGAGAGGGACUCCACCGGUCCUGAUAACAGGCAGAGUGAUCCGCAGGAGCUGACAAACUGUAGAGAAAGUACAGCCCUGAGGCACAUUACAAAAACCAGCAGCUCAGAAUGGAACAGCUCUGAUGAUCUUGCUCUCUCGGAGCCCGAGGAAAGAGAAAGUAGUUACCGCUCCAGCAACAGCGAGGCCGUCUCUUCUGAUUCCCAGUGUCCUCAUAUAACCCUGCCGUACCACCCUCCCUGCAAUGUGACUGCAGAACCUCUUCAACUGAACAAUCAGCGUCAGCUCAGCACGACAGGGUCGCCUCACCUUCGGCCCACCCAGCGGAUUACUCCUCAUCAGGGUGAAACAAGCCACGCCGUGUUUCGUCCGAGGAUGCUUCAAGAACCUUUUCCAUUGAGUCCUCAUCUUUCAUCCACAUCCUACGUUAGUCCUCACAGGAAGCCUGACAUGUCAGGCCUACGAACCUUCUCAGAUGCAAGCUCCAAGUCGGGCUCUGACCCAGAGAGGAGUACGCCAUCGUCAUGUGAAAGUGAGGAAAGACUAACCGGAUGCAGAGUGGAACAGGCAGUGCCUGCUCAAGAGGUUUCUCUGACAACAUACUUCAAUGUGGAUAACUGUAUGACAGAAACAUAUCGUCUCAAGUACCACAACCAGAGGCCUCUUGUCCUCUCUGCCACGGUGCCACGGACAGUGGUUGCGACUGAGCGCAGAGAUACCAGCCACACACUCCCCACUGACACACACUCACAAGACGUGCCAAAAGCCAGACCUGAAACAAGCCAUAAUAGCAAUAAACCCACUGCAAAAUGGAACCCAGUGACAGCCAAAGGACUAGAUGAACGUGGUUUUUUAUGAGUGUUACUUGGUAAGUUUUGUUUACAAAGAUGGACAUUGGUCAGUAGAGUACUAAUUGGAUGCCAAAGAGUUUAGAGAAUGGAAAGAUGUUCUGAAGCCCGACAUCUCCAAAUUGAGUGGAAUUUAUUUAUGCAAGCUUGUCAUAAGUAAAACCUAUUUCUAAAUGCUGUUACGUAUUGUUUGAAAGAUUAUCAACUAUAAUAUAGACUGUCUUCCAUUGUCCUGCCGUGUUGCUGCAGGAGGAUUUUGUUUUAACCAAAAAAAUCUGGACUGUUUUCAGUUUGCACAGAGGGUUUUUGAGUCUUUGAAUCACCUUAUGUCAAGUUUAAGCUGUUUAUUUAUUUCUUUUUUUUUCACUGUACAGUAGCUCUGCACUGAAGUGCUACAGAAUUGAAGAUACACCAAUCUACAGUACGUAAAGUCAGGCAUGAGAGAUUAUGGUGAGCCACCAUGAAAGUGGUUAUACUGUGGUUUGUGCAGUUAUUACACAAAGAUCAAAGAAGGAAGCGUGAUAAUAAAUCACUGCAUGAUGGCAUUAAAAGGUAUAUUCAAGAUACUUUAUCAGAAUACGAUGUCAUUCUACAAACAAAAUAAAACCUACAGGCCAGUGGUUUCAAUCUUUAGCAGUAGGUUUAAGUUAGUUCAUGUAAUCACAUCAAAGGAGAGUGAAUUAAGAUUGGAAAUGCUUUUUGUUUAUGUCUGGGCAGCUUACUGACUUUAUGCACAUUGAGGGGUUUAGGUCACCAAGGAACAGACAUUGCAACAUUUACUUAUAUUCAGUUACUGAUUUGUUUCAGCUGUUAUCAUUUAUCAGUUCUUUUACAACAUUUAUGUGUUAAUGAAUGACUGAGUGCUGCCCCGUAACAGUCUCCUUGGCUGUAAAAAAAAAAAAAAAAAUCUGUUGAGGUAAUUCACUGUUCAUUCAUGAUUUGUUCAUUUUUGGGCAGAAUUCAUGAUAUCAUUCAUAACAAUUGUGGAGAUCUUUGAGAGAAACAGUUUCUCAGCUGCAGUGGCAAGACUGCAUUCAGUUUCUGUCAGUUCCAAAGCCCUGACACACAUUUGUUGACUGUGACGUUCUGUGUUUGGGGCAGCGCUCAGGUUAUUCAGCAGGUCACUGUAUACCGUCAUGUAACCUUGUGUAUUCUACCUACGAUUGUGCUGGCUCUUGUAAUCCUUUUUUGUAAUCCACAGUGAUGUCAAAUUGUAUUUUUUCAGUCUUCCUCUUAAAGUAGAAAGAUUUAAAUACAUCUGUAUUUGCAGAUAUUUUCAUAAAGAUGCCAAUAUAACUAAUAUGCCUAUCUGAUAUUAUUAUUGACCAUACAACACAACACACAAGUAUUCUUGUUAAUAAGAUAAAUGUUCUAAAACCUGCAUGUGGCCUUUACAAAGUCUUACUAGCUCCGUGUACAUCAUAAGCAUGAGCAUGAAAAUAUUGGACUGUGAGUCCAACAAACAUAAAUUCUAUGGGAUUUUACUUAAUUGUAAUAAAAUAAAUUCAUUAAAUAGCAUUUUGUAACUACAGUUGAUUUGGAAACUUUUAAACACUGGAUCUAUUUUCUUGAUCAUACAAGAACACAUACUUUUGUUUAUGCAUCCAUCGUAAAUAUAAACGUAUAACGCAAACGACACGCUGGAAAACAACAACUGUCCGAGACAUACUAUGCAUUCACUGAAAAAUACUUUAAAGUUACUUUCAAAGCAGAUUUUGACGUUUUUAAAGCUUAGUAUUCUUUAUAGCAGACAUUCCUGAGAAGAGAGAAGCCAGUGUUGCUCAGUUUUCAAAUAUUAAUAUCAAUUUACUUUUUUGUUCACUAAAUUGCCAAGUCUUUUUCUAAACAUCCUGCCAUUUUUACAUGCACGUAAUUUUUUCACUUGCUUUGUAUUUUUGUUCCUCCUCAAUAACCUUUGUCAACAUAUUGCUCAACUGUCGUCACUGCACAUAGUGAGUCACUGCACUUGCUGUUUGUGUGUGUUGUGUUUGAGAUGCCUGACGUCAGAGAUUUACGUAUGUCUGUGUAAUCACACCUAAAUUUAUAAUGUGAGCAUAUAUUUGCAUUUUUCACAGUUUAUUUGUUCACACUUUAAAUUCAAGAAAAAGAAGGCAUAAAAUGUAACUGAGCUAUUGUGAAGUUUUUUUCAUAAUAGCUUCUAACCUUUCAAUUAUAUGCAGUGACACAUGCCUUUAAACAAGUUGAUUGUGCUGUAGCAAUUAUAAUUCUUUUUUUUUUUUUACUGUUAUUUGAAGAUAUCUAAUAUAUAAACUAGAUAAAGAAGUCAAAAUUGCUAAAUUACUUACUGGAUUAGAUGAAGCUGAUUUGAGUAUAUUAACCAGGUUAUUUCAUUGUUGUCUCACCUGCAAAGUGUUUUUGUGGUUUGUUAUGUGACUAAUGUUAUAUCAUUUAUCUGCAAUAUUUUUCCUGUUUUUAUGUAAAUGUAAAAAACAAACAUGGUAUUCUUUUGUUUUCACACAGAGUGCCUUGACAUUUUCAGUGGAACAUUUUGUUUCAUUUCUUUUUUGGGUGUUUGUGUGAGUGAAAUCACACUUACAGAAUGAGGGAGAUGAAUGAAAGGGAUGGAGGAUGUCAUGCAAAACUUUUGAAUAUGCAAUGCUAAUAGUGACAUAUCUGAUGACACUCCUCUGUGUGCACCAUUGUACUGUAUUUGUGUGUGUGGGAGUGGUAAAGGCAUGGAUUUGUGCCAGGUCUAAUCUUCCUAAAAGCCCUUUCAGACUUGGAAGCUACAACCCCAGUGGCAAGUGGCAACCUCCGUGGUUCGCGCUUCAUCCAGCUGCAGUUGGCAAAUUUGACAUGUUCAAAUGUCAUCAGCAGAAAGUGGGACAAUCGGUGCGUGUAAGUGGCAAGUGCAUCCCACCUCCUUGGUGGCAAAGCUUGGUGCUUCUAAGUUUGAAGGAGCCUUAAUGUAUAAAAACUAGAUUUCCAGUGUUUAUCUUGGGUUAUUGUAUGUAUAUGCACAUCUGUGCACUUGGAAAAGGAAGAUGAUUGGUUAUCCUUUUGCAUCCAUGAUCCAUAGACUUCAGUUAAAGGUUUUAUAUUCUCUGAAGGCCCGUUUGGUUAAAGGUCUUUUUGUCCUGUGUCACAUAACGUCACAGUUGGCAUUGCAUCAAUCCAUAUCUUUUAUCUUGUGCUAAAUAUACAGGGACAGAACCUAAUUAAUUUACACUGUAUUGCAUCAACACUCAAGAACAAAAGAAAGAACUAUGCCACUGAUUUUAUCUGAUAAGUGACCGGCUGAUGUGGCCUGAUGUGAAGGAUCUGUAUGCCUCACUGAAUCCUGUUGUCAUACCUCUGUGUGUGCUUAGGAUUCGGCAUGACAUUACUGCUGAACUGAGUUGUCGGUGCUUCAGUGAAUGACUUCAUGACUUGCGUAAAUACAGACCAAUUUAAAGAUACAUGUAAAAUCUGU